AUGUUACAGCGACUGCUUAACAAAGAAAAUAGGUCAAGCUACUGUCUUGGCAACACAGCCGGUAAGCAAUGCAUAGCUGUAAGUGCGUUCUACGAUAACAUACGCGAAGACUUGAAGAAAAUUAUCAUACGUAUCGACAAUUCCAUGAUAACUAACGAGAUGAAUGCGCCUAGCCUCGCGAAUAUUUCCUCUCAAGAAGAAACGGCACAGCAAAUUGCGUCACCCUCAAAUACUGAUGAAUUUGAACGUUUGAAGCUCGACCUGGAAGGAGCACAAAAGGAAUGUAAAGCUCUGAACGAGCAGUUGGAUCGCGUUACACUAGAUUUUCAAGACGCUUGCCGAGAACUGGAUCUCUACAAACAUGAGCCGUGUGAAACUGCUCUCAAACAUACGCGUGACGUUCGCCUAACGAAGAGCAGAAGUUACACUGAACUUGGACGCGCGACAAUCGAUCUGGAUGAACAUCUCAGGUUUACAACUUGCUUACCUGCAAAGUUUCCAUUAUCUUUUUUAUUUGUUCCACUGAAAUAUCUUAAUGAAGACGCAUCAGGUUCGCGUUGUUUGGAACGAGGACACCAAAUACAGUCGACAAAAAAUAUUUGA